UAUUAGAAGAAUUUAAAAAAAUGGGUUUUGGAAUAGAAAAUGAAGGUAAUGAGGAUUCAACGCCUUUGGGAACUGAAAUAAGCUUCAUUAAGAAUAUUUCGGCUGAAGUAGGACAAACCGAAGAAUUAAAUCGUUCUCUACCUAAUAUUGAAGAAGAGCUUAAUAAAGUAUGA